CGUGUAUAGUAGAAUACUUCAGAAUCAGAGUCAGAAGGUGUCCAUUGGAAUAAUUAUAAUAAUUGGAAUUUUCAUUAAAACUCCAAAGGCUGUUUUUAACGAUAUAAAUUUGAUGAAUGCAAUCAACUAGUACAUCAGCGCUGGUGAUCUUUUGAUUUUAAACUAUCGAAAAGAAGACUGACAUUGAAGUAAUGAAGUAGGUAAUAAGUAGUUUCAUAUUAAAGGUGAGUGUUAUAAAGAGGCUCGACCAACCAGAAACAGGACAUUUUUGUCAAUUUGGUAGUUGAGAAGGAAGAAUUGGUCAUUAGAAAUUCUGCUUUUCAAGGUUUUGGAUGAAAAGUGGCGAUGUAGUGAUUUUGAAAUAUUUGUACUUGUAAGCCUAUGUUGGAUUUGUUCAGGAUAGAUUUGAAAACAAUGGAAAUUGAAUAAUGACAAGAACUGUUGCCAUGGCAACAAAAACACAAGCUGCAGUUGAAGCUGAUCGCCCAUUCUCGCCUACGGAAGUGUUGAAAUUUACGCGGCAGAGGAGAUGGUUUCACCCCAACAUUUCUGGGCAGGAAGCAGAGCGACUGUUGAAGGAGCGGGGAAUUGAUGGCAGUUUCCUGGCUCGGCCCAGUACUAGCAAUAAAGGGGACUUUACACUAUCUGUAAGACGCAGUGGUGAGGUUACACACAUCAAGAUACAGAACACGGGGGACUUCUAUGACCUGUAUGGCGGGGAGAAGUUUGCCACGCUCGCGGAACUUGUGCAGUUCUAUAUGGAGAACAUGGGGCAACUGAAGGAGAGGAACGGCGAUGUUAUUGAACUCAAAUAUCCCGUGAAUUCUGAGGACCCUACCACAGAAAGAUGGUUCCAUGGGCACAUAUCUGGAAAGGAGGCGGAGAAACAGUUAAUGGACAAUGGGAAAUACGGGAGUUAUCUGGUGCGGGAGUCACAGAGCAAGCCCGGAGAUUUUGUCCUCUCAGUCAAGUGUGAAGAUAAGGUCACUCAUGUUAAAAUACGCAGAAAUCACAACGGCAAGUUUGAUGUUGGGGGUGGGGAACAGUUGAACACCCUGUCGGAGCUGGUGGAACACUACAAGAAGAACCCCAUGGUCGAGACAUCAGGCACGGUCGUCCACCUCAGACAUCCAUACAACGCAACUAGAAUAGCAGCUCGUAGUAUUGACAAUCGUGUGAACCAGCUGGCCCGGGACACAUCACACAAAGACGAGGGUGCUAAGGGAAAAGGAGGAUUCUGGGAUGAGUUUGAGCAUCUGCAGCAACAGGAAGUGAGACAUUUGUUCAGUCGGAAGGAGGGAGGCCGACCUGAAAACAAAGCUAAAAAUAGAUACAAAAACAUCUUGCCAUUUGACCACACAAGAGUAUGUCUGAGAGAUGGGGACCCUGAUGUUCUGGGCUCUGACUACAUCAAUGCCAACCUAAUCACAGCUGAAGAUGAUAACAUAGAACCUAAGAAGCACUACAUUGCCACCCAGGGAUGUCUGACAGCAACUGUGGUCGACAUGUGGCGUAUGGUCUGGCAAGAGAAGUGUCGUGUCAUCGUCAUGACAACAAAAGAGGUUGAGAGGGGAAAGAUAAAAUGUGUUCGGUAUUGGCCUGAUAAAGUCGAGAAAGAAAAGAAAAUGGCUGUCUUUCAAGGCACAAUAACUGUGAAAUACAUUGCCGAGGAGGAAGAUAAGAAUUACCAUACCCGGGAGUUUGAGAUACUCAAAGAAUCGAAUGAGGGAAAGGUUGAGGGUCCCCGUAAAGUGUUUCAGUACCAUUUCCACACGUGGCCGGACUAUGGCGUACCCAGCGAUCCUAGCAUUGUAUUAGACUUUCUCAAUGUUGUCAACUCCAAACAGGACCAGAUAAGAGGAUCAACUGCAGGGCCUAUUGUUGUCCAUUGCAGUGCGGGUAUUGGCCGAACUGGAACGUUUUGUGUGAUAGACAUGCUGUUGAAUCAGAUCAAACAAUACGGUAUGGAUUGUGAGAUUGACAUCCAGAAGACGAUACAGAUGGUGCGCUCCCAGAGGUCGGGAAUGGUUCAAACCGAGGCCCAGUACAAGUUUGUUUACUACGCCAUACAUCACUACAUAGAGACAGAGAAGAAACGAGCCGAGGCCGAGCAGCAAAGCCAGGUCGCAGGACGGGAGUACACAAACAUCAAGUACGCAGCAGGAGAGCGUAACUCUCUGACACGUGGGCUCCACCCGACCACACAUCCAGUCCCUAAUGACCAACACAAACGACCACACAAGGACCUGCCGAGGACACCCCAUGAAGGUCAGAUCUACCAGAACAUCGGAGCCACGAAGAAAUCCUGAGGCCCCUUCCCCCCUCCCUCGUGUCUCAUAUCCCCCUAUCCCCCGCCACCCUAUCCCCAGCCACCCCUACCCCCUGGCAUGUACAGCAGUAUUGUAGAAACCUCAGUCUUUCUAUUUCAUUUCUCAGCCCUUAGGAAGAGACACGUAUUGCAGGCUUAUACAUGAAUACAGCAAUUCUGAAAAAGACUUAUUUUGCAGUUACUGAUUGAUCUACCAAUCAAACAUACUCCAAGUCAGCUUCAAACAUUUAUAAGCAUUUCAAUAAAAUAUUCAAAACAUUCAAUUAGAAGUAAACAUUGCUACAAAGUCAAAGAUAUACUGUGAGACAACUGACCAACUGUAUGUCAGUAAGAAAUAGAACUUGUGUUUGCGCAAACAAACAUUAUAUAAGACUUUGGAUCUAUGAGUUUUACUGGGCAAAUAUGACAUAAUCUCUCUUAACGAUUUUUUUAACAUUUAACUGACUGAACAAGUAAUGACCAUUUAGUAGGGCUUAAAGAUUCAUUGGAGGGUACAGCACUUUGCCCUUUUAUGGGAGUACACCUCUGUCCUCAUGGGGACCAGCAUGUGCACACUUCUGCCUUCCUAGAAUUGAAUGCUUUAGAUAAUUAAAUAUUUCCUUUGUUUUUAUUUAUACGCUAAUUAUAUGAUUAUAUGUACAUAUAAACAUUAUAUACUAAACUACUUCAAUUAAACAUUUCUGAUAUUUUUGUCAAAUUUAUAUUUUAAUUAAAUAUUAUAUAAUAUUGAAGUUCUUUGCAGUGUGCCUAUUCAGAAUCAACCUGUUCUUUUUAAAAUGGGGCAAAAAACAAUGGAAAACAUUGUUACUAAAUUGUUUCUGUCAUGUAUAUAUGAAUCUACUCCAUUUAUGUAUUUUUAAAUCAACUAUAUUGUUCAUAGAUAUUCUACAUUUCUUGUAGUAUUGCAUAUUUAUUCUGCCAUUUUCCAAAUGUAUUGAUGUUAAUUUUUCUCUAACGUUAUAUUUAAUACCAUUCUGUUCUGAUGUACAAUUUUUAGAAGAUUUUGUGCCAUUUGUACAGUUUUUAACAUAGAUAAUCAGGCUAAAACAAAAAUGGUUCUGUUCUCGAGGAUUUCUAUUGAUUUGGAGAAGCGCUAAUUUUGUUUUGUUUUGUUUUUUUAUAUAUUUUGUAUCAUUGGCUAUGAACUCCCUAAAUUAACUUUUUUAUUAAAUGAUAUUUAUUCCAAGUUUACUUUAAACAUGGUUUUCAAUGUUUCUGUAUUUAAGGAACAUUAUGUAUUAUUAGUGGAAAUUAGUACGUACAUAAUAUUAUAUGCAUAAGUGCUUAACUAAAGGGAUCCAACUCUUCAGUAUUGUUCAGAAUUAUUUUUUUGGUUACCAAAAUAAAAAGUUGUUUUUGGUUUGGCCCCUUUGAACUUAAUUUAAACAUUGCGUUAUUUCAACUGUUUAUUCAGGUACAGAGAAGGGCUGGAGUUCACUGUAAAGGGGAAUAAGUCUGUUGUAAUUAGUCAGAGAUGAGUUUAUGAAUACUCAGAAGGUAUAUUUUUAAACAACAUGAGGAAUCAUGUUUAUUAUAUAGAUGAUACAUCGGGAAUAUUAUGUUAGUCGGUUAAUCCUUGGAGAAGUAUCACUUCUUGUUGCUUGUGUAAAGUCCAUAUUGCAGGAGACUGAAGGUUGAGUGCUAUGUAUUGUUAUGCAAGCAACGAGAAGUUAUACAACCCAACAUAUUGAUCAAUUAACAUAAUAUUUCAUUUAUUUCAUACUUUUAAAGAAAUAUUUAAAAUGGAAAUAGCAAUAUUUUUUUUUACAAAAGCAUUUCAAUUUCAUGGCAAACGUCAUAUAUCUUAUUGGUAUUAUUGCGCAUGCGCACUAGGCGACUGUGUGAUACAGAAUCAGGAUACAACAAAGAGCUCUGACAACCAUAAGUCCAUUAAGCAAUUUACAACUGCCAAAUUUCCAUGUAGUUAUUCAUUGGUUUUAUAAGGUGUGUUAUUUAGAAGUUUGCCCAUGCGUGCUAGCUAGUAUAGAGGCAUUUCCUGCUUAACACUAAGGUUUCAUUUAUUUUUGGUUUCCUUUAGAAAACACAAUCUUUUACUAAUUAUAAAAACAUCUUUUGAUGUAGUUACCAUACUCUAUACAAACAUACUAUUCCUAAUGUGUGCAUUGGCAGGGGGAUUUUUGGGGGGGAGUAUUUUGUCUGAUUCUUUAACUUGAAUGCUGAAUACUGCCAACCCGCCUGAAACAAAUAUGCACCGUCUAUCCAUCAGGACAUGUAUGGUUAGCAUGUUAAAAUGUGGUAACAUGAUAUUUCUACUAGGAAACCAUUGCUAUCCAGGUAAUUUUACAUUAAAGAUAAGCCUGUCUUUAAUAUGUAAAAUAGAGCACAUUUUUAUUUCAACUGUUCUUCAAAGAAAAAAAGUAACUUGUGUCAAAAACUCUAACCUUGGCUAUAACUAAAAAAAAUGUUUUAAGAUGUUCAAAUGAACCUCGGUAAACAUGUUGGCAUAGACAAUAUACACAUUUAAAGCAAGGCGCAUGUCUCUGGCUUUCAUUACUAUUUAGUUGUAUCACUUUUUCUACUGAAAAAAAACAACAACAGACUAGCAUCACAGUUCGCUUGUCUGCACUCUUGUUUUCAGAUCAAAAUAACAAGUUUCAUGUAUAGCUUUAUAUGUUUUGUAAAUAGUCUAUAUUUUAAGAUUAUGCCUAUUUUCCUGUUGAGUAAAUUGUAUAUAGAAUGUUAUAGAUCAUGGUCACUAGACCAUGUUGUUGAUAGAGUCUUGUAUAAAGCCAUCUAUUUUUGUAGCUUGUCAUUUUACAUGUUGUUAAACUAUUAUUACUCCUCAUCAAUGUAUCUACAAAAUGUUGUUUGUUUAUUUGUUUUUUAAUUAUUUAUAUAAAUUCAAGGGUGCACCUUGUUAUAUACAUUACUUCAUGGUUUAGAAUAAACGAAAUGACCAUA